AUGGGUGCAAAGUCGGUUAAACCCGUCGAAUUGAGCAAAGAAGAUAUUGAGUUUAUUUCGAGAAAAUCAAAACUUGAUCCUGAAUCGGUUGAAGAAUGGUAUGAAAAAUUAAAGGCUGCCUGUCCAAAGGGUACAAUAGAAAAAACUGAUACAAAACGUUUUUUAAAAGCAAUUGUUCAUGAAAAAGAUAAAGAAGAAACGAUUGAUAAAUUAGCUGAUGAAAUUCAUCGUUCAUUUGAUACAAAUCAUGAUGGAAAAGUUGAUUGGCGUGAAUUUCUUAUUGGUUUUGCAUUAACAUCAAGUGGAAGUUUAAAAGAACGGCUGAAAUACGUCUUUCGAACAUAUGAUCAUGACAAUGAUGGAGUAAUUAAUAAAAAAGAAAUUGAUAGAAUGGUUAAGCCGAAAUGGACACGGUUUGCCAGUUUCCGUGCCCAAAAAAAUCUUUUGACUGUUUUGGGUACGGUUAUUUAUUUGGGAACGGUAAUUAGCCGAAAUGGACACGGUUUGCCAAUUUCCGUGCCCAAAAAAACCGUUCGUCUUAUUUGGGCACGGUUUUCCUUUCUGAAACUCGGGAAUGCUGCACUCCAUUCGCUUAAUCAUUCUAUUCGUGCUCAAACUACAUGUGCUCCUUCGCCUGUACGUGAAAUUGUCUUGAAAUCGGCUGCUGCUAAAUUGAGCCAAACUCAGACCCAACUUACUGUUGUCAAUGAGUACAAUGGACAAGUCUCGUCGUCCAAGGUGACAAGUCUACUGAAAUAUCAACGUUUAGUAACACGGGCUAAUGUCUACUCUGUUCAUGAUUUUUGUCAGUGGUGUCAACUGCGUUCUACUACUCCCAGUUUACAGUCACCGCACGAUGUUUAUGUACCACAGUUCGAAAUCAAUUCCUCCGAGGAUCUGUUUAUGUUCUUCACUACUCGUCAGCUGAUCUCUGUUGGUGCUCUGUCAUAUCUAUUUCAAGUUGACGCAACAUUCAAAUUGACCUGGCAAGAACUACCUUUGCUGGUGUUUGGCUGUAGUGAUGCGGACCGCCAUUUUCACCCCUAUGGCAUCGCUCUGAUUUCAACAUACGAAGCUGCUAGUUCAUAUGCUCGAUUGUUUCAAACAUUAAAACAAACAGUGCUGAACACAACAGGUUCAGCAUACGAUGUUAAAAAUGGUGCCAGUUGCACGGUGGCAACAUCGUUACAUGGAAAACAUGAUGAAAACACAGAACGAAUUGUUGAACAACUGCGAACAGCAUUAGAAAAAUUAAACGAAGAAAAAGAUGCAGGUCACAAAGAUCGUGUGACAUCGGAUGAAUUUAUUCAAAUAUUAUUAGAAAAUAAAGAAAUAUGUGAUUUAUUAUCGCCAUUUAAUGUUACAUAA